CCUGCUGGUUUUAUUGCCGAUUGGUUGAAAGGCUUGUAUCAACCAAAAUGGGUGAUUAGUAGCCUGAUUAGUCAGUCAUAUAGAUGUUACAAUAACGUUGUCAGUGCGAUUUUGUAACGGGAACUAAGUGGUUUGUUUAUUUUGCUUCAAUAAACUGUUCCUCUAUGCAUACAACCAAGGGAACAUUUUGGUCGGCCAACAGCCAUUCAUGUUUACAAUUAUAGGAUAGAGGUGAAAUCUGCAGCGUUACCAAACACGCCUAAAGAAGCUUGGUGCGGUCAAAUAUUGUCAAAUAAAAUAGUUUAUAAUUCAGGUGAUAAUGUCUCGAGUUCUUAUAGUUGGUGCAGGUUUGACAGGCAGUUUAUGCGCUUGUCUUCUACGAAGAGAAAUGCCAAACAAAGUUAUUGUUGUCUGGGAUAAAUCGCGAGGAGCAGGAGGAAGGAUGUCCACCAGCAGAAGUCCGUCUGAUCCCUCCUGUAUAGUUGAUCUUGGUGCACAGUACAUUACUGCCACGUCAUACUACGCCAAAAUGCAUCAAAACUUCUAUGAAGAGCUGCUGGCCCAUGGUGUUCUGAAGCCCCUGGUUUCCUCUGUGGAAGGGGAGGUGAUGAAGGACGGAGGCCAUAAAAACUAUGUCAGUCCAACAGGAGUGUCCGCCAUCGUCAAACAUUUCCUUAAGCAGUCAGCAGGGGCAGAGGUGUUCUUUGACCACCACGUUACCCACAUCUACCAGAAGGGCGCCAUCUGGGAGGUGUGUCGGAAGGGUGGGGCCCCGGAACAGUUUGACACCGUGGUCCUCACUAUGCCAGUACCGCAGAUCCUACAGCUGCAAGGAGACAUGGGCUCCUUGCUAGAGAAGAGUCAGCGGCAGCAGCUUGAGGCGGUGAGCUAUUCGUCGCGCUAUGCGCUGGGCCUCUUCUACAAAGCCCAGGCUCACAUCAACGUCCCCUGGGCCGCCAAGUACAUCUCCAAUAAUCCCUGCAUUCGCUUCAUCGCCAUUGACGAUAAAAAGCGCAAUUUAGAAUCCCCUGAGUGCGGUACCUCCAUGGUGGUUCACACCAGUGUUCCCUUUGGUAUCAAACACCUGGAGGAGGCAAAGGAGCAGGUGGAGCCUCUCAUCCUGGAGGAGCUGAACAAGCUGCUGCCCGGCCUGCCACAGCCCGACAGCAUCAAAUGCCAGAAGUGGAGAUACUCGCAGGUGAGGAGCUCGGUGGCCGACUGCCCGGGGCAGAUGACGCUGCUGUCCCAGCCUCUGUUGGUGUGUGGGGGCGACGGCUUCACGCAUUCCAAUUUCGACGGCUGUAUCGAGUCUGCCCUGAAGGUGUUUGACGUUCUGAAGCACUCUCUCUGAUGCCGCCUUCUGGGGUUGGGAGUAUAGUGUGGUGGGGUUCUAUGUGUACAGCACGUUAGCCCAGAGAGGGGGGCAUGAAACUGAUCUGUUUUACAGAAUCCAUCCAUUCACAGAGAGGGGGGAGGAAACUGAUCUGUUUUACAGAAUCCAUCCAUUCACAGAGAGGGGGCAUGAAACUGAUCUGUUUUACAGAAUCCAUCCAUUCACAGAGAUAGGGGGAGUAAUGAUCCCCCCCAUCUCUGUGAAUGGAUGGAUUCUGUAAAACAGAUUAGUUUCAUCCCCCCUCUCUGUGAAUGGAUGGAUUCAGUUUCAUCCACUGAGGUACUUAAUAUGUUGUGUGAUAUUACAGUCAACACCAUAUGUAUUUGGGCAGUGAAGCUACAAUUUAAAAUGUCUCUUUACUCCAGCAUUUUUGGAUUUGAGCGACAGUACAAAAUGUCACCUUGUUUUGGAGGAAAUGUUCAUAUAUAUCUGUUUUUACGGUUUAUGUAUCUACUACCCCCAUUUGAAGAAGUCAUAAGUAUUUGGACAAAUUCACGAACAGUGUAUUAAAGUAGUCAAAAGUUGAGUAUUUGGUCCCAUAUUCCUAGCACACAGUGACUACAUCAAGCUUGUAACUACACACUUGUUGGAUGCAUUUGCAGUUUGUUUUGGUUGUUUCAGAUAAUGUUUUGCCCAAUAGGAAAUGAAUGGUGAAUAAUGUGUUGUCACUUUUAUGUUAGCAUGUUUUGUAACUUUCUCACUCAUCAUUAUUCAUAAUUCAUUCAGGAUUUUUAAUAAUCAUGCCAUUAUCAGGAUUAAUUUAGAACUGUUCAGAAACAUGUUAUCUACUCACUUAGAAAAUUACUCCAGUCAUCAUUCAGUUACUAUUGGGCAAAACAUAAACUGCAAAUGCAACCAAGGAGUUUGUAGUUACAAGCUUGAUGUGUGCAAGGAAUAUGGGACCAAAUACUACUUUAAUACACUAAGUGAAUUAAAGGGGCGGCAGGUAGCCUAGUGGUUAGAGCAUUGGGCCAGUAACAGAAAGGUUGCUGGAUCGAGUCCCCGAGCUGACAAAGUCAAAAUUUGUCGUUCUGCCCCUGAGCAAGGCAGUUAACCCACUGUUCCCCCGGCGGCCGAAGACGUGGAUGUCGAUUAUGGCAGCCCCCCGCACCUCUUUGAUUCAGAGGGGUUGGGUUAAAUGCGGAAGACACAUGAAUAUGCAUUAAGUUGUACAACUGAGAGUCCCUUAUGACUUUUUCAUAUGGGGGGACUCUACACAUAAAGUGCUUUCAUUUCUAAAUGGUUAAACGGAUAUGUAUGAAAUUACCCUCAGUACCUUUUAUUUAUCACCUCAUUUAAUCUCAAAUCCAAAAUGAGUAUAGAGACAAAUGUAUAAAAAAAAUCUGUCCAAAUACAUUUGGUGUUUAUAUGCUGGAGGAUGAACAGGAGGCUGUGUUCUUGUGUAGUUUUAUGCAAAACAGGUGUGUUUAACACACCCCUUGACCUGCUCAUUUAAAAAGGUGUACAAUGAUUCUGUUCCAUUGCCUUGUUCAGGCAAAAUGAAAAACUGUACUUGUAAGUACCGUAAUUUCCGGACUAUUAAGUGCACCUGAAUAUAAGCCUGAAUUAAAAAAUAUAUAUAUAUUUUGAACAUAAAUAACCCGCACAUGUCUAUAAGCCGCAGGUGCCUACCGGUACAUUGAAACAAAUGAACUUUACACAGGCUUUAACGAAACACGGCUUGUAACAAAAAUAACUAGGCUUUAACGAAACACGGCUUGUAACAAAAAUAAAUAGUCUUUAACGAAACACGGCUUGUAACAAAAAUAAAUAGGCUU